CCAACCGGUUCUAAACCCGGUAAAAACCGGACCGAACCGGGAAAAAACCGGACCGGACCGGAGAGAAAUCUGAGAACUGAGAACCGGCCCGGGGGUCCAAAAACACGGUCCGGUCCGAUCCGAUCCACCGGUCCAAAUGCUCACCCCUACUCUAGGAUUUAGUGUAGUUAUGUCUAUAUAUACAAACAAUUGUAUCCUUUAUAUUCAUUUCGAUAUAAUCCACUAAUACAUAUGAAGCAAUUUACCAAUUCUAAUAAUUAGUAUUAUCUGAAGACGAAAAUUCCAUUAAAAACUUGCUAGCAAAGUCAAUCGAUAAAUUAAUUUGUUAUCUUUUAAUGAAUACAUAUAGAUAUAAUUAAAUCAACCCAACAACCAAUAAAAUUCAAACCAUUAAUUCAACUAACUUAUCGAGUAUAAUCAUAAAAUUUUGGGGGAAAUCUAUUAGAUUUACUUAAUUGGGUGGGGGAAUUGAAUUUUAUUAAUAUUUCUACAAAGUUCAUCUUUGUUGUUGUCUCUCAUAUGUCUAAUCUAGAUCUUAAUUUCACCAACAAAUUGAAGAGGUUGAAGAAGACGAUAAUCUAUAAGUUAUUCUACAUAGUGCUUUAAAAGCAUUAUAAUGGCUGAAUUUGUGCAUUUUGUCUACAAGGUUGCCAUUAUAAUUAGAAGUCGAAAAAAGCGCUUGCGGGUGCUAAAGUUGUUGGUGCUAAUAUGUGCUAUUGUAUACGUCAUUUAUAUAUAUUCUACAUAUUUGAAGCGUAUAUGCAUCGAGAAAAAGAGGGAAUUUUUAGAGUUUCAAGUAAUCAAGACGUUCCAUUAUAAUAAUGUCAUUUACCAGUCUCCAAUCGCUCAUUUGCAUCAGCCAAAACCCAAAACUUUCAACAGGUAUACUAGAAAGCCUGUGCGAUUAUUUGUCAUAAUGUCCAUGCAAAGAUCAGGAAGUGGUUGGUUCGAAUCUUUACUGAAUAGUCAUAUGAAUAUAAGCUCCAAUGGCGAGAUUUUUGGUCAGAAAAAAAGGAGACAAAAUCUUACCUCGAUUAUUAACACACUCGAUAGAGUUUAUAAUAUGGACUUGAUUACUAGUUCUAGCAAGAAUGAUUGUUCUGCCGCGAUUGGAUUCAAAUGGAUGCUUAAUCAGGGUUUGAUGGAACACCCUAAAGAGAUUCUUGACUACUUUUCUAAAAGGGGCGUUUCAGUCAUUUUCUUCUUGAGAAGAAAUAUUAUGCGUCGAUUAGUUUCUAUACUUGCGAAUUCAUUCGAUAAAGAUGCAAGGGUUCUAAAUGGCAUUCAUGUAUCUCAUGUACACUCGCAUGGAGAGGCUUUGUUAUUGUCGAGAUUUAAACCCACAAUCAAUGUAACAUCACUGAAAUCGGAUUUGGGAAAGAUAGAAUCAACAGUCAUGAAGGCGCUUGAGUACUUCAAUUGCACGAGGCACAUCAUAGUGUAUUAUGAAGAUCUAAUCAAGAACCCUUAUAAACUUACACAAGUGGAAGACUUUUUGAAGCUACCACGAAUGAAAUUAAGUAGUCGACAAGUGAAGAUACAUAAAGGACCAUUGUCGGGACACAUCAACAACUGGAAAGAUGUCAACAAUACUCUCUUUGGAACAACUUACGAGAGAUAUCUUAAAUCGGACUAUUGAUUGAUGCCCAACCAUGAAACAUUGGUCUUUUAAGUAGUUCUUGACAUUGUGUGUGGGAUGGGGGUAUUAUAUCCUAGUUAGUAGCUCACCAACUGUGUUGUUGCUGCAAUAGAAUAAAUAUGUAUGUUUGGAAAUGAAAAUGCCAGAGUACAGUUAGGUUUAGCACUUCCUUAGAUCGACCCGUCACGUUUUUGUUAUUUUUCCCUUUUUCUGUCAUCAUCGAGAAAUGUUAUCCCUGAUUUCUCAUCUAUUUUUAAAUAAAAGGUAUUAGAAAUAUAAUAUAUUCAUAAACAAAU